UCCAGUAAAAUAUAUUGCAACGCAAGCAGAAACUCGUUUACAUUGUAGCUAUUUUAGUCCUUAGCGCAUUAGACUGCACAUAUAGAAAACAUUACUGUAUUCAAACAUAUAAUUUGUUAAAUAAUGUGCAUGAGGUGCAAUGUUUGAGACUGCUGUCACAGUAGCAGAGAUGGACGACCGUGAAGGGGUGAUUGCCACAGAGCGUUAUGGCUCGCAGGAGUCCUGGAAAUACCUGUUGAAGGAUGGGAGGAUGAAGAGACAGAAGGAUGCAGUGGACGGCAGACUCGGCGGAAAUUCAAUCUCCGGCGUGUUUAAAAGUGUUUUCCUGCCACAGGGGUAUCCUGAGAGUGUCAGUGACGAUUACUUACAGUAUCAACUCUGGGACACUGUGCAGGCAUUUUCCAGCUCUCUGUCUGGCACACUUGCUACUCAGGCUUCACUGAGGGGAGUUGGGGUUGGAAAUCAAGAAGCAACAGUUGCAGCAGCUACAAUAACAUGGCUGCUUAGGGAUGGAACUGGGAUGCUGGGCAGAAUACUUUUUGCUUGGCUCAAAGGGAGCAAGCUAGAUUCUGAAGCCAAAAAAUGGAGGCUCUUCGCUGACAUUCUUAAUGAUGUUGCAAUGUUCAUGGAGAUUGCAGCCCCUCAUUUCCCUCCUUUUUUCACUCUGAUUGUCUGCAUUGCUGGAAUAUUUAAGUCCAUUGUAGGUGUUGCUGGUGGAGCAACAAGAGCGGCCUUAACUGUCCAUCAAGCUCGCAGAAACAACAUGGCUGAUAUCUCCGCCAAAGAUGGGAGCCAGGAAACCCUGGUGAACCUGGCAGGCCUGCUGGUCAGCCUGGCACUCAUCCCGCUUGUAACAGAUAACCCAUUGUUGACGUUCAUCCUGUUCUUCCUGUUCACUGUUCUCCACCUGUUUGCCAAUUACAAAGCAGUUCGUUCUGUUGUUAUGGAAACUCUUAAUGAGGCUCGCUUAUCCAUAGUCCUUCAUCGGUACCUCCUUAAAGGUCAACUGCUCAGUCCAGAGGAGGCCAAUCAGAAGGAGCCUGUGUUCUUGUCGCUUGGAAAAACUGUUCCCAUCAAGUUGGGUGUGAGGCUUGGAGACAUUGUUCAAGAGCCAGGAGAACUGCAGCUGGCGUUGAAGAACAACAGCAAACCGUAUCUCAUUGGAAUCAAAAAUGGUUCUGUCUGUGUUUGUCUGGGAAGUGAUGCUUCUGUGCAUGAUGAAAUCAUGGCAGCAUGUCAGGCCUUGUGUCUUCGUGCUGUGCUACGCAAUGAUUCCUCUCUGGGUGGUGCACUCAAGAAGCUCGCCAACACUAAAGACCCAUGGGAGUUAGUAUCACAGAGUCAUAAGAUGAUUGAUCAGAUAUUCCAGACAUUCCUAAAAGAACUGGAUCAAGCAAAGUGGCACACAGAUCGGACACUAUUGGACUGGAAUGAGUGGCGUGUUGAAUGGAACAAAAAGAGGACCUGAAGCAAAUUGUUUUGAAGGAAAUUAAAGAUUAAAGUUUUUGUUUCCACUGAUA